UGCGGGGGGGGGCGGGGGGCUCCUGUUAGAAUUGAAGGGAGAGGAGAGAAAUCCCCAGCUGAAAACCACAGCGACGGCUACUAUGGAGCACAUACACGGGGGUGAGAGGCUUUAACGGACCCGGCGAGGAGGAGUCAGGUGACUUUCCCUCGGGGCUCCCCCCCCGGGCGCUCAUGGUGCUGGCGCCGCGGACGGGAAGUCGUUGGGGUCAAUUCAAGUCAUGCAGGUGGUGAGGAACGCGGGGUCUUGGCUCCUGUGGUCGUGGGCUUGGCCGCCCACAAACAGGAUAGUGGCCCGGGUGCCGGCCGCCACCAUCCACACGGGCGCCCAGCAGCUACAGGACGCGGCGGCCAAGCAGAAGGUGGAGGAGAAGGCGGCCCCGGCUCCGGCGGCGACCCCGGCUCCGAGCAGCAGCAGUUCCAGCAUCUACCCUCCAGUCCCAGGCCAGGAGAGCCCCCUGAGGUGGGCAGGAAAGAAAUUUGAGGAGAUCCCCAUCGCACACAUUAAGGCGUCCUACAACAACACACAGAUCCAGGUGGUCUCUGCCGCCAACCAGCCUCUUGCCCGCACCUCCUGUGGCACCGAGGGGUUCAAAAACGCCAAGAAGGGCACCGGCAUCGCGGCACAGACAGCUGGCAUAGCUGCCGCAGCGAAAGCCACAGCGAAGGGCGUGACCCACAUCCGCGUGGUGGUGAAGGGCCUGGGGCCGGGGCGCUUGUCUGCCAUCCAGGGCCUGACCAUGGGGGGCCUGGAAGUAAUCUCCAUCACAGACAACACCCCCAUCCCGCACAACGGCUGCCGCCCCAGGAAGGCUCGCAGGCUCUGAUGGGAAGGAACCUGGCCCUGAACCUGACCGCAAGGCCCACCUGCAGGCCUCAGCAAGCACCCAUCGGAGCUCCCCGCAGGGGCCACUGGAGUGCUCACCGGGAAGGGACGGCUUUGCCUCCUCGCGUGGGGCCCACUCCUGACCGGAGACCCGCGUGCCCAGAAGUGAGGCCAUCUGCUCUUGGACACAGGGGGGCUGUGGCCCAACCCCCAACCAGUAAAUGCUGCCCUGCCCAAAGCAAUAAAAGAUCUCUACCAUCUGCA